CCAUGGCCUUGCUGGGGAAGCGCUGUGAAGUCCCAGCUAACGGCUGUGGGCCUGACCGCUGGAGCACUGCCUUUGCCCGAAAGGACGAGAUCAUCACGAGCCUCGUGUCUGCCUUAGAUUCUAUGUGCUCCGCCCUCUCCAAACUGAACGCGGAGGUGGCGUGUGUGGCCGUGCACGAUGAGAGCGCCUUUGUGGUGGGCACGGAGAAGGGGAGGGUGUUCCUGAACACGCGCAAGGAGCUGCAGUCGGACUUCCUCAGGUUCUGCCGAGGGCCCCCCUGGAAGGAGCCGGAGGUGGAGCACCCCAAGAAGGUGCCGCGGGGCGAGGGCUGCGGCCGGAGCUUCCCCAGGUCCUCCCUGGAGCACGGCUCGGACGUGUACCUGCUGCGGAAGAUGGUGGAGGAGGUGUUUGAUGUUCUUUAUAGUGAGGCCCUGGGAAAGGCCAGCGUGGUGGCGCUGCCCUACGAGCGGCUGCUCAAGGAGCCGGGACUGCUGGUCGUGCAGGGGAUGCCCGAGGGCCUGGCCUUCCGGAGGCCGGCCGAGUACGACCCCAAGGCCCUCAUGAGCAUCCUAGAGCACAGCCACCACAUCCGCUUCAAGCUCAAGCGGCACCCCGAGGACAGCGGACGUGAGUCAAAGGCCCUGGUAGAGCUGAACGGCGUGACUCUGAUAUCCAAGGGCUCUCGGGACUGCAGCCUGCACAGCCAGGCCCCCAAGGUGCCCCCACAGGACCCGCCCCCCCCUGCCGCCUCCUCCUCCAUGGCCAACUUCCUGUACAGCACCUCGCUCCCCAACCACGCCAUUCGAGAGCUCAAGCAAGAGGCGCCUGCCUGCCCGCUGGCCCCCGGUGACCUAGGCCUGGGCCGGGCCGGGCCAGAACCCAAAGGUCCCAGCGGCCAGGACUUUGCCGACUGCUGUGGACAGAAGCCCCCCGGGACUGGCGGGCCUCUCAUUCAGAACGUGCACGCGUCCAAGCGCAUCCUGUUCUCCAUCGUCCAUGACAAGUCGGAGAAGUGGGACACCUUCAUCAAGGAAACCGAGGACAUCAACACGCUGCGGGAGUGCGUGCAGAUCCUAUUUAACAGCCGAUACGCUGAAGCCCUGGGCCUGGACCACAUGGUCCCCGUCCCCUACAGGAAGAUUGCCUGCGACCCCGAAGCCGUGGAGAUUGUGGGCAUCCCAGACAAGAUCCCCUUCAAGCGCCCCUGCACGUACGGGGUCCCCAAGCUGAAGCGGAUCUUGGAGGAGCGGCACAGCAUCCAGUUCAUCAUUAAGAGGUGCGGGAACAAGUUUACCAAAGACACCACGAAGCUGGAGCCGGCCAGCUCGCCUGAGGACACGUCUGCAGAGGCCUCUCGAGCCGCUGUCCUGGACUUGGCCACCACUGCUCGGUCAGACAGGAGCGGCAUCUCUGAAGACAGCGGGGCAGGCACCUCCGGGGAGCUGGGCGGGCUGCGCCCCAUCAAAAUCGAGCCAGAGGAUCUGGACAUCAUUCAGGUCACCAUCCCAGACCCUUCACCAACCUCAGAGGAAAUGGCCGACUCGAUGCCCGGGCACCUGCCCUCGGAGGAUUCAGGUUACGGGAUGGAGAUGCUGGCUGAUAAAGGCCCCAGCGAGGACCUGCGGCCGGAGGAGAGGCCCAUGGAAGACAGCCACGGCGAUGUGAUCCGGCCCCUGCGCAAGCAGGUGGAGCUUCUCUUCAAUACGCGAUACGCCAAGGCCAUUGGCAUCUCGGAGCCCGUCAAGGUCCCCUACUCCAAGUUCCUGAUGUACCCGGAGGAGCUGUUCGUGGUGGGACUGCCCGAGGGCAUCUCACUCCGCCGGCCCAACUGCUUCGGGAUCGCCAAGCUGCGCAGGAUCCUGGAGGCCAGCAACAGCAUCCAGUUCGUCAUCAAGAGGCCCGAUCUGCUCACCGAGGGCAUCAAAGAGCCUGUCACAGAAAGUCAAGAGAGGGACUCCGGGGACCCUCUGGUGGACGAGAGCCUGAAGAGACAGGGCUUCCAAGAGAGUUACGACACCCGCCUGUCCCGGAUCGAUAUCGCCAACACGCUGAGGGAGCAGGUCCAGGACCUGUUCAAUAAGAAAUAUGGAGAAGCCUUGGGAAUCAAGUACCCAGUUCAGGUCCCCUACAAGCGCAUCAAGAGCAACCCUGGCUCAGUGAUCAUUGAGGGUCUGCCCCCCGGCAUCCCCUUCCGGAAGCCCUGCACCUUCGGCUCCCAGAACCUGGAGAGGAUCCUUGCGGUGGCCGACAAGAUCAAGUUCACGGUCACCAGGCCCUUCCAAGGACUCAUCCCCAAGCCUGAUGAAGAUGAUGCCAACAGACUGGGGGAGAAAGUGAUCCUGCGGGAGCAAGUGAAGGAGCUCUUCAAUGAGAAAUACGGUGAGGCCCUGGGCCUGAACCGGCCUGUGCUGGUCCCUUACAAGCUGAUCCGGGACAGCCCGGAUGCUGUCGAGGUCACGGGCCUGCCCGACGACAUCCCUUUCCGGAACCCCAACACGUACGACAUCCACCGGCUGGAGAAGAUCCUCAAGGCCCGAGAACACGUCCGCAUGGUCAUCAUCAACCAGCUCCAACCUUUCGCAGAACUCUGCAAUGACGCGAAGGUGCCAGCCAAAGACAGCAGCAUGCCCAAGCGCAAGAGGAAGCGGGUCUCUGAAGGGAACUCCGUCUCGUCGUCCUCCUCCUCGUCCUCCUCCUCCUCCUCCAACCCAGAGUCUGUGGCAUCGACCAACCAGAUUUCACUCGUGCAAUGGCCAAUGUACAUGGUGGACUACACCGGGCUGAACGUGCAGCUCCCGGGACCCCUCAAUUACUAGACCUCAGCGCUGAAUCAAGACCUCAUCCCAGAAAGAUUACAGGAAAAUGUAAUUUAUGUACAAAAUGUAUAUUCGGAUAUGUAUCGAUGCCUUUUAGUUUUUCCAAUGAUUUUUACACUAUAUUCCUGCCGCCACGGCCUUUUUAAAUAAGUAAAAAGAAAAAAAAAUGCUGUUGCCUCGGC